AUGGUCAAAGCCACACGCAUUAUUCCACAUAUUCCUACCGCAAUAAUCUCAGCACAGAUUAAACCCACACUGCCACCACGUAUUUCUUUGGUUUAUUGCAGAAUAAUUUUUCAACCAGCAGAGAGCCAGGGAAGCCAAAGCUCAGCAUCCCAGCGCCCUCGGGAGCGUGUCUGGUUACCAGGACGCCGGAGCCUGUUUGUUGUUGUUCUGCUGUGUAUCCAGCAGAAACAGCAACAUAGAGUUUUAAAUGGCGUCACAAAGCCCGGCCGUCACUCGCGUUUCUUGAUUGGCCGUGGUAACGAACAGACGCGAGUUUUCGCGGGAAUCCUUUCUGUCAUUGGACAAUCUAGGCAAGAGGGGCGAAACAUAAUUAUUGCAGGUGAUUUGCUGAAGGCAUCUGGACACAAAAGACCAAAUCUGGGCGCCUCCCAUCGAAGGAGACCUAGUGGGUUGAAACAUGAGCUUUCUGAAGACCAGAAGCAGGAGAUCAGAGAAGCUUUUGAUUUGUUUGAUGCCGAGGGGUCUGGCAGCAUUGAUGUCAAGGAACUGAAGGUUGCAAUGCGUGCUCUUGGUUUUGAGCCAAAGAAAGAAGAAAUUAGAAAGAUGGUAGCAGACACUGGGAAAGAUGGAAACAGCACCAUAGAAUUUGAAGACUUUUUAGCAAUGAUGACCACAAAAAUGAAUGAAAAAGAUUGUAAAGAAGAAAUUCUGAAAGCUUUCCGACUGUUUGAUGAUGAUGGCACAGGCAAGAUUUCCUUUAAAAACCUAAAGCGAGUUUCCAAGGAACUUGGGGAAAAUUUAACAGAUGAAGAACUGCAGGAAAUGAUAGAUGAAGCUGAUUGUGAUGGAGAUGGAGAAAUAAAUGAGGAAGAAUUCUUAAGAAUCAUGAAGAAGACCAAUCAAUAUUAAUGGCUGUUUACCUUUAAAAAUGACUUACAAAUUACAAAUAAUUCAACUUUUCCUGUUUUACAAAGUUUAGAAAAGGAUAUCAGGUUGGGAGGGAUUUUUUUUU